UAUUCUGCACUUAAUUUGAAACUUGCCAAAUAAUCAAAUAAUGCUAUACAAAAGUUACAGAAAUAGAAUUGAUAGGGUUUGGUUAACAAAUAAUAAUCUAAAAGCUGUUAUGAUAUUGCUAGAAAGCUGUGUGUUCAGUAAGAAAAAUAUAUUUUCAUUACUUUAUAGAAAUUUUAUUUACAGAUGCCUUCCAUGUCAGAAAUAGCCCAGAAAUUAUCUCCCAAGAAUCUAUUUAAAAAAAUUAAAACUGCAAUUGGAUGUGAAGACAUGGAGAAUCCAGAGGAUCUUAUCCAGUUUCCUGACACCCUGGAAGAAUUUGGCUACCAUUUCAGCACAGAUGGUGAACUACGUACAAUUGACACGGAUGAAAAGUUCAAUUUUGUGGUGAAGGAAGGUGAUCACCACUACAAUCAGAUGCACUAUGAGGCUCUAGGGAAGGUUAUUGAAAAACACAUAUAUGCACUUCUGGAGAAAGAUUGCGGACUCCUUCGGCUGCCAGUGCCAUCACUCGAUUUUCUUGAGAAGAAUUCAACCAAAAAAAUUCAAAAUAUUCAACCAAAAUAUCACAACCAAACUGAUGAUGCCAAGGCUGCUGCAUCUGGCAAAGAAAAAGCUCUUCCUGGAAAAGAACCAUCAAAUAUCUCUGACUCAGCCGUGGACAGGCACCCAAGUGUGGGAGAUGAAUCUCUUGUAACAGAAGAAAGUUCUCCAGCUGAUAAUUUGCAGUUGUCUCAACAAAUUCAAUCUGGAUGUGAUGACAGCAAGAUUGCUUUAGAAUCUAGCACAGAUAAUCAACAAGAUGUCGCUAAAUCUCAAACUCAGGCAAUCGCAGUUGAUCUUGCAGGAAUGGACCAUGCAGAAUCAACCAUUACUGAACAAGCCAUGGAAAAUGAAUCGGUUACGAGUACCGGUAGUCCAGUGUCUUUGGUUGAUGACCCAUCCACCACAGUUUCAACUCAAACUUCGUGCACAAAUGAGCCUGAAGGCUUCAUGUUUGCCUCUGAGGGAUGGAAUAAACAAGAUAAAUUGUUGGUACUCAUCCACGGCAGCGGCGUGGUCAGGGCAGGACAGUGGGCGCGGAGGUUAAUAAUUAACGACAACCUUGACACUGGAACACAAAUACCGUUCAUCAAGGAAGGGCUUCAGUUGGGCUACGGGAUCAUCGUGAUGAACACGAACCACAACCGCUCACCUGACGGACAUGGCUCCUCACGUCCUAUAAUGGGCAGCGAGUCGCCGGUGGCGCACGCGCGCAGCGUGUGGCGUGACUAUGUGAUGCCCUCCGCAGCUCUGCACGUCGCUGUCGUCGCCCACAGCUAUGGUGGUGUCGUCACUACCAGCCUCUUCCAGGAGUUCACGCAGUACUUCGAAGACAAGGUGUUUGCCGUUGCCUUUACGGACUCCGUGCACAGCAGCCCGCUACCAAAAACAUUCGGCCAUUUUCUCAAGAUCUCGCGUAACUGGGUGACCAGUUCUGAACCUCUGGACACUCGACUCCGUCUCCGCGGACCAAGAGACGUGGUUAUUUUUUCUGCAGGAGUGCAGUCUCACGAGAUGACCUCGUCGGCGAGCAUGAAGAGUAUCUUCAAAUUUUUCAGUGAGCGUCUGGCGCUACCAACUUCCAUGGACGUCGACCUCCCGGACUCAGGUAACGAAGAAGUGUCCGAAACCUUCCCUCAAGAAGAUUCCGAAGUCGCUGUUGCGGAAGAUGAAGAAAGUCCUGCUAAAAAGGUCACUAAAUUUGAGGACAAAUCUAAUUGAACGCUCAUUUUAAAGAAAGGUCGUGCGCCGAUGGAGACUUGGAGGGGUAAGAAUUUUUGAUUUUGCAAUCGGUAAAUUUGUUUGCGGUUCCUCAUGGCUAUAGUCCCAUCAGAACGUCGAAUAACACCUGCAUCAUGUGUUGACGGCAGAUUAAGUCGAGUGGGCAGUUACUUGAUGUAGUCCGUCAAAUUAUUAUUAAUCAGGCAGAAACUUUCGCGUAUUGUGCGCCAGUUAUACGUAUCGUUCGCAAGUGUUUUGAAAAGUUAUUUGUUUUGGUAUAUCUCGUCUUAUUAGUUUGAAUUCAGUCGUUACAGUGCAUUGCUUCAGUCCUGCACAAAAUGUCUUCACUUCAAUGUUUUAUUGCACUGAUUAACGUAAAUUAGUUCUGGUAGUAAUAUCUGGAAUAAUUUUGCUUGAUUUAAUUUAAUAAUUUUAUUUUACGUGGGUUUUGUGUCUGUUUUUUUUUUACUUGGCAUACGCUCUGUCCCUGGAGAAUUCGCAUCUAAAACUGUUCUCAAUAGGCACUUACUGGAAAGCCUAGUGAUAAGAACGUGUAUCAGUAUGAUUUGUAUCAGUGCACUUGGGAUUAUACAGUUACUUCUCUAACUUUGAUCCACUUUCAGUGUGUGUCUCAAGGUUAUGUUUGUCAUUUUCAUUAAUCAGUCGUCCAAUAAUGCGGUCCGCAGAUGCAAGACCCAGGCUGUGAUUGCGUAUAACUUAGAAAUUGUGUAGGGAUCCGAGGCAACAUAACAGCUGCACGCGAAGUCUGUGGGGGUUGCAUGAUUUUUAGCUUGUUGCUUUAAGGAAAAUCUUUAACUAUUUCUAAUUAUUUCUUUAAAACUAAGUCAAAAUUUUCCAUUUCUUAUAGUUAUCGUUAAGUAUAAGACAUUCAAUUCUCUGCUUAUUAACACAUACCUACAUUUUAUGAUAUUUUGCGAGUCAAUAAGAAACUGUCACAUGCUUUAGUUUUUUGGACGUUUAGUGAGCUGAAUGAUGGAAAUUGUCCCUGGAAUUUGAGCUACGCUUUAUCAAGAGAAUAGUUUAUGUCGAUUAGAUGGUUUCUGAAGCCUGCUUUGGAAUAUCGGUGGAAUAAAACGAUGUUUUAAACAAUUUUUGAGAUCAUUUAUUAAUGAAUCGAGAGAGAAUAUUUAUACGAAAUGGAGAAUUUGUGGUUUAUAUAAGUACAAAUUUGGGAUGCCCUAAUUCAUCCUUAUUCAAAUGCUUAUAUCUAAUAUUUAUUGUACUGCUGCACGUAUUGUCUCGCACGGUCAGAAAAUAACCAUUGUCAUACUUGGACCGCGUUCGGUCCUUAGUAACGCACAUCAAUUUUGCUUCGACAUCAGUAAAUUUAAUAUAAAUGAUGACAGUAUCUUCAUAAACAUGCGAAAAAAAUCCACGCUGUUUCGUUGCAGAAUUUCUUGGCACAGAGUUUGAGUUUAUAUGAGUGCGGGUGUCGUGCAUGCAAACAUUCCUGUUCAACUUCAACUAUGUGAAGCGUAACGAUGUUCAGGGGCAAUACUUUCAAAACUUGCUAAGUGAACGUAAGUAUUUACGCUCUAUU